GCCACGUCCGGCACAGGAGGGACUGGCCAGAGACAGCAUUUCAAAAUUUCCCUGCGAUGGAGACAUGGAGGCCCCUCCUCACCACCACCUUCUACGUCCACCGCGAAGCCAGGAGUUUGAACACCACGAGAGUCCGUAGCAGAGCAGCGGGUCACUGGGGUCCCGGUCCCCGUGCAGGAAGGGAAGCCACCCCAGCCCAAGCCUGCACUGGGAGGACAGAGGAGCCCACGGGGUGUCAGGAGCAGCGUGGGACAGAGGCCUUGCCGUGGCCCAGCACAGGGACCCUCCCCACUCUGACCCCGUCUGUGAGAGCCGCAAAAGUCCGGAGUCCCCGCCUGGGGCAGCCUCACCGCAGCCCCUGCUCCGGGCCGGACCCCUGCCCCCAGCGUUUCCACGGUUAUUGCUGCAAGUUCCAAGGCCCCGCGGUCCCCACCCCAGCACCUCGACCCCCGCGCACCCCAUCUGGAGGCGCCGCUUCCUUGCAAAAUGCCCGCAUGUCAAAGUUCUUGACUCCCGGUUGGACGCGCCCUCCCCGCCCUGCUGGCUGCUGGCUCUGCAGUUUUCCAAAUGCGGACGAUGCCACGAGCCAAGAGAAAACUCCAGAGCACCCCCGGCUGGAGCCACGCGGCGCCGGCACCACAGCUCCCACCUCGCCGGCGGGCACACCCCCACCGCGGCGGCCGGCAAGUUUGCGGGGGCCGUCCGGGCCGGCUGAGCGGGACUCACCGCGGAGCCCCUCCAGCCGGGCUGUCGACCGCGGCCGCGGGCUCAGGGUCGUGGCUCCCGGCCAGCAUCUACAGCUAUUCCAGAAGCUUCUCUGUGGAUUACCUCUAUCUGCAAAGCAUCCCUGCGAGCCAACACAGUCUCUGCAAUGGCCUCUCUCUGCUAAGACGAGCCCAGCUUACCCAGCAGAGCACCUGAGCAGUCAGACGUCUCUCCCGCGAGUCCACGGAAGAAGUUCAUCGUCACCGGCCACCAGAACGAUGGCCGCAGAGGGACACCGCCUCAUACCACCGGGACGGCCGGAAAAAACAAGAGCCCCAAAGCAGAACGUAACGAGUGAUGCUGUUAUCAGCGAGGACGUGGCGAAAUUUGAACGUCACGUGUUGCUGGUGAGAAUGUAACACGGCGCAGCCGCUGUGGAGGAUUGUCUGGCAGCUCCUCAAAAAGUCAAACCGUCACAAGCGGCAAUUCUGCUCCUCGGCACGUGCCCCCAGAUGAAACAAGGACCCAAACAGAUACUCGCACGCGAGGGCCCACAGCAGCCAAACGGGGAAACCCAACGCCGGCUGCCAGUGGGCGGACAAACCGCACGGUGGACGGCUUCAGCCACGCUGGCCACAGUGUGGACACAUCUAGGAGACACGGUGCUGAGUGACCGGGCCCAGACGCGGAAGGCCGUGUGUCGCGCGAUCCCAUCACACGAGCCGCCGGGGCAGGAGGAGCCACCGGGACCUAGCAGACGGAGGGAGGGGGAGACCAACCACCGGAUGGGAACCGGGCCCCCUUCGCGGGGAGGAGAACGUCCUGGAACCAGAGAGAGGUGGUGCUUGCACGGCGCUGUGACCGUGCUGAAUGCCACGGAACUGUCUGCUUUUAAAUAGCUCAUUUUAUGUUGUGUGCAUUUCACCUCGAUUAAAAAACAACAGAAAAAGAUAAGUGAGCUCAGGGUCCAGCCCCACCCCCUCUCCCCACUGACCCCCACCGCCUGGACGCAGGACCACCCAGACCCGGGCACGGCCCCUGGGCUGUGAAGGCUGAGCUCCUGCUCUCUUAGGGACCUGAGUGAUGGACUCCAACCUUAUCUGUCCCAACACCCCGACGCCCGGCUCCACUCAGGCCGGGGAGGGGGUGGCAGGAGCGGGGAGGAGGGGGGCGGAGGCGGCUGCUGCCCCUCUGGGCUAAGGAUGGCCACAGGCACAGACUUUGGGAGGGUGUCACGUUGCCCAGUCCCGUCGCUGCUGGAAUGUUCCCUGUGGGAUGAACAGAAUAAUGCCCCUCCCCAAAGAGGUCCACAUCCCGACCCCCGGAACCUGUGACUGCAUCACCUUCUGUGAAUGCAGCUUCUCCCCUGCCUGGAGGGCGAGACCACAAACCUGGAGGCACAGAGGGGCUCCUAUAGCAACUCGGGGGUGUCUGCGCUCAGCCGGUCGAGAAGACGUCCGCCCGCAGGACUUCUCAGGGCCUCUCUGAGGCCAGUGCCGGCGUGCCCGUCGAGGGCCCAGCAGCCCGGCCUCAGCUGACCACCCCCUGCUCUGCUCGCCCACACCCUCACCCGCCAGCACGCACAGGCACACGGCGCCUGGGAGCACUCAGAGGCAGCUGUGCACGGCAGGGAGGCCCGUGGAGCAGAGCCCCGUGCGCAGUGCCCGCGGGAUGAGGCGGGAGGACUAUGCGGUCACCUGCUGCCAGACCCCGGCGCCCAGACCCCCCAGUACACACAUAUACAGGGGCGCACACGCACGCACACGCAGGCGUACAGCAAAGCAAACGUGCGUACACAACCGUAGCGUCAGUGGGAAAACCUCCCUGACAGCUCGUAAAGAAAGUUAUAUUUCAUUGCCAUGAUGUCAGCAGAGAGCAAUUUGUUUCCAGAGACGUCCCAGCCAGAACGGUGACGGCUUCGCCAUCAUGGAGACGCGGUAUACUUCGGGGACCUGCCCUACGAUGAGCCCCCACCAGCCCAGAGCUCCAGGGGGAGGUUAAGGAAGGCCCCGAGAGCAAGGGGCACUGGAGGGGAGGAGUGCUGGGGGUCCAGGCUGAGCUCCGAGCCCUCAGGGGUCACCCUCCUGCUCCGAGGGCAAAGCCUGUCUGGCUUCUUCCUCCGCCCGCCUCCCUCUCCUCUCUGGCCCCCUCCCGCCGUGUGUGCGGCGGUGGGGGGGACAAGGGCUUCUCCACCUGCAGAAGCCUCCCCCACGGGGAGGACUCACACGGACUCAUCUCAGAGGAAAAUGAACUGAAGCCAGGGAACACGGGCCAGGCUGGGUUGCUGGGAGCCCCAAGGCCGGUGCCCCGCCCCCUCCCCGCAGAGGGACCCUCACCACCCGGCUGAGCUCGACAUGGCCCCUGAGGACAGGGCUGGCGCUCCCACUCCCGUCCGUGGCCGGUCCUACAGGGAACGAGAGACAGGAAGGCGAGGAAGGGGGGUGGCCCGGUCCCCUCCCCCCACUGGGUCCAGUGGCCCCCUUGGGGAAGUGUCUUUCUGGGUCAGUCAACAGACUCCUACUUCCAGGGAGAAAGAAGCCCCUGAUCAUAAAGCCCGGGCAGGGGUGGGGAGGUUCGGGGGCCGUUUCUGGUGGCGUUUUAAGAAAUCCUGCCUUAAAUGCAGAAACUCGUCACGGCAGAAAGCUUUCCCGGCUCCUGCAGAGAUGCAGCCAUCAGAACAGGCUGUGAAACAGAGGGGCUCACAGCUCUGCAGGCAGGUCCUGACGCCCAGCGCGGCUGGGGGACCGGGCAGCUGGCCGCCUCCCCUCCCCGGGCUGCCUGCCCUUUCUGGGGGCUCCUGCCCCGUCAUGGUCAUCACGUGGUUGUCCUAGUCGCGGCAGCAGCUGCUGAGUGCUGUGGGAAGCCUGGCAGAGCCUCUGCUCCGCUCUCCCAGGAGCCUGGGGAGCAGCCCCGAGUGGGAAAAACGUGGCCUCGGGGGCCGAGGGACCCCGGGAGUUGGGAGACAGGCGGCGCACGGGAGGGCUCUGCGGGGAGGAGGGGAAGGGUCCCAGAUGGCCACGACCAUCGUUCAUCCUGCGUGUGCAAAAGCAGAGCCAACCGUUCCCAGCCCUGCCCCCAGCUCUGCAGCGCACCUCCGAGGGCCUGAGCCGGUGUGGACACGCGGAGCAGACCGGGCGGGAGAGCCCUUCUCACGACGAUUCACACGUCCCUCUCCCUUCUGGGCCGAGCCGAGCUCCCAUCCUCCACGUGACGCGGGAGCCGGCUUCUGACCUACAGGGUGAGGGGGACUGACAGAAACACAGGCAUUUAGACCACUGACCUGCAAACCCAUUUGGCCGCCAAAACGUUUCCCCUCCGUGUUGUUGGACGUGGGGACAGAAUGUCCGCCAGGUGGGCAAGCGUCACUUUGCCUGGGCACAGGCUCCGGCGCGUUCGGCUAGGUGGACUCUCUGUGUCCGAUUCCCGGACACGCCCUGUGCGCCAUCCCUUCCCACCCGCUCCGGGCAAACGCGGGGGCGAUGGCUGAGGGACACCUGUUCCCUGGCCCCUCCCCUCCCUGGGGGGCCCCUCAGAGAACUUCUCUCCCCAGGUAGACCUCAGGGCUCUGGGGCUGCCCUGCUGGACGCGCCGGGCCCAGUGGGGCCCAGAGCCCUGGUCGUUGCCCGGCGGCGCGGGCAGGGCCCCAGAGCCCCUAAUGCCCCGUUCACGCCAGGUUGCCAUCUGCUUGCUAAGGCUAGCGGUGCGGGGCAUGGCGGUGGGUGCGGGGGGCUCCCACCGCUGGGAGCCCAGCCCGGAGCCCGGAGACAAAGGGAGCCUGGGAGUGUUGAUCCGACAAGACCGCAGCCACAAUUCUCUGGGUCCCUCAUCGCUGCCCUAUAAAUAUUCAUUCUGCCAUCGUUAUAAAGGUGCUUUAAAAAAAAAAACGCCAAACUCAUGUGGGGUCCGGGCCUGAACCACUGCCAACGCGCAGGCCGCCACGCCAAAUCCUCUGUUGAUGACACAGUGGCCACCGGGGUGGCUUCUCAGGGCCCACGUGGGCGCUCUCUGGGGUUUUGCUUAAUUUGGGACAGUUUUUUUUGUUCCCUGCAUGUAACAUUUAUAAAUGUCACAGCGUGCCCAGGGUGCUCUGUGCCCGUGGGCGUGGCCUCCCCGGGGGGCGGGCCCUGCAGCCGUGCGGAAGGUGUGCUGUCGCCCUCCCCUCGGGGCACCCCCCUGCCUCCACUGGGGGCUGGCCUCCUUCACCUCGGCUUCCACAGCCCGAGGCCGGAACCCCGCCCGCUCU